AUGACUAAAGAAUAUAGUUUUGAUUCCAAUAUAUCUAUAAACUCAGAUGAAGAAAUUAAGCAGGUAAAAAUAUGUCCCUUUUAAACUCACUUCUAAUAUUGCUCUCAAGACAAUACUUAAAAUGAAGUAGCAAAUCAACCAAUACCAUCUCCUGAAUAUAAAUUCAUGGGAGUGAGCUAUAGUAAUGAAGAAUCAGUGAACUAUUUUUAAACGAUAAAAAGAAAAUUAGAUAACAGUAAAAUGCAAGAUCAAGUUAUAUAAUAAUUUACUAUUAAUGUCAGCAAGAGUGUAGACAUUUGUUUAGAUAAUAAAAGAAAUUCAAAAAGCAAUAAAACCUAAAUAAUUAGUAUGCAAUAAAUUAAAUUGAACACGCUAAGAAAGAAAAACGUGACUUAAAAUAACAAUUUGUCUAUGAGAAAACCUAAAAAACUAAGAAAUACAACAAUAAAAAUAAAAAAUUCAUCUCCUUAAGGAAUAUUAAAAGCAAGUUCUUUCGAAGUCCCAUCUAUUUAAAGUUAUAAUAACUUAUCUUAUCAAAUGAUACCUAAUAAAAAAGUAUCAUUUGAAUUCACACAAGAAUAAAUUAAAAAUAUGAAUAGAACAAAUAUUUCGAAUGUCCUGAUAAGACAAAGAACAAGAUUUGUUUUAAAUUGA